AGUGUUGUUGCCUUUCCCAGACGACCCGCUGCUGCUGAGCAAAGGGAGGCUUUCAUCGUUGUGUGCACUUGUUGUCAUGUCAAGAGCCGACUGCCCUUUUAGCAUCCAGACAAGUUAACAGGCGGAUUUCAGGUGUAAUCAGAGGGCAUACAUAUUCGCUUGGAUAGAAGAACUGUGAGAUGAAAUGACAACGUCAACACUACAGAAAGCAAUUGACCUCGUGACCAAAGCCACAGAAGAGGACAAGGCAAAGAAUUAUGAAGAGGCCCUGCGCCUGUACCAGCAUGCAGUGGAGUACUUCUUGCAUGCCAUUAAAUACGAGGCCCAUAGUGACAAGGCCAAGGAGAGCAUUAGAGGGAAAUGCAUGCAGUACCUGGACCGCGCAGAGAAGCUCAAAGACUACCUGAAGAACAAGGACAAGCAGGGCAAGAAACCGGUCAAGGAGGCUCAAAGCAAUGACAAGAGUGACAGUGACAGUGAGGGGGAGAACCCUGAGAAGAAGAAACUGCAGGAGCAGCUCAUGGGCGCCAUCGUCAUGGAGAAGCCAAACGUCCGGUGGAAUGACGUCGCUGGCCUGGAGUGCGCCAAGGAAGCACUGAAGGAAGCCGUCAUCCUGCCCAUCAAAUUCCCUCACCUCUUCACAGGCAAGCGGACCCCAUGGAGAGGCAUCCUGCUGUUUGGGCCCCCAGGAACGGGAAAGUCCUACCUGGCCAAGGCCGUGGCCACGGAGGCCAACAACUCCACCUUCUUCUCUGUCUCCUCCUCUGACCUCAUGUCCAAGUGGCUGGGAGAGAGCGAGAAACUGGUGAAGAAUCUGUUUGACCUGGCCCGCACGCACAAGCCCUCCAUCAUCUUCAUCGACGAGGUGGACUCACUGUGUGGCUCCAGGAACGAGAAUGAAAGUGAAGCCGCCCGGCGAAUCAAGACAGAGUUCCUGGUUCAGAUGCAAGGGGUUGGGAACAACAACGACGGGAUCCUGGUGCUCGGAGCCACCAACAUACCCUGGGUGCUGGACGCCGCCAUCCGCAGAAGGUUCGAGAAGCGCAUCUACAUCCCCCUGCCGGAGGAGCCGGCCCGGUCCCAGAUGUUCCGCCUCCACCUGGGCAACACGCCCCACAGCCUGACGGAGCCCGACCUGCGGCAGCUGGCCCACAAGACGGAGGGCUACUCCGGGGCGGACAUCAGCGUCAUCGUGAGGGACGCCCUCAUGCAGCCCGUCAGGAAGGUCCAGUCGGCCACACACUUCAAAAAGGUGCAUGGUCCGUCACGUAGCAACGCUCAGCUUAUGGUAGAUGACCUCUUGACCCCCUGUUCCCCGGGGGACCCCGAUGCCAUAGAGUUGACCUGGAUGGACGUGCCUAGUGACAAGCUGCUGGAGCCCAUAGUAUGCAUGUCGGACAUGUUGCGCUCUCUGUCCACCACGCGUCCCACCGUCAACUCUGAGGACCUGCUGAAGGUCACGAAGUUCACAGAGGACUUUGGAAUGGAGGGCUGAAUAGGAGACAAAGCCCCUUCCCGUCUCCCCAAAGGCUCCAUCUCCUCUCACUGGCUCCCUUGUACCAAGUUCCCCUCAAGUUAAGCCCAGCUACUGUACUUAUUCUCACUCCCUCCUUCUCCCUCUCCCCUGCGUCUUCUCUGAUUGGAUGUACGUGAGUCACUGCCUUUCAUGGAUUUUUACGUAAAAACAGAUGGUGCCUAAAAAAUAACAAAAAAAAGUACCUGAUGGGGUGAGAGUUGUCUUUUUGUUUUCUCGAAUCUGGUCCAUGCACUGUUUUUGAAUCUUUGGAUGAGGUUGAAGAGAAAAAUAGUCUAAAAGACAGAGUGGACAACAGCCUGUGUUUCCUGUCCGGUCUUAGACGCUACCUAGUAUCUUUUUGAAUCUACAUGUUACCUGACGCAGAACACGGAUUCCGUUUAGUUCGUCCCUUCUCAUAGUCUACCGCUUAGACUACAGUCUUUUAAAGGAUUGACUGAACAUGCUGCAUAUUAGCUUGAUAUAAGCUUUAAGGAACAAACAUCAAUUAUGUUUGUACUUUAUUGUUCCAGGCAUGUGGAUGUUUGUGUGCAUCUGCUGCCUUUUCAUUUGUUAUUGUUAAUUUAUUUGUGUGUUAAUGUUUUAACACAUUUAAGGUUGGCUUUGUUCAUUUUUUUAGUGAUAUGUCAAUCCAAUUGUGAUUGGCAUACAUCACUGUCUGUUUCCGUAAACCAUUGCUUUACUCGCACCAAGAUUUCCUUGUUGCUGCCAGCUGAAAAAAAUCGUUCGACUCAUAAUAUCUGAAGAACAGUAUGGCUCACCAAGAAAGAAAUCACAAUGUUUCAAAAUGUUUGAAAAUCUUAAAAUUAAGUUCUUGGUUGGUUUACCGGUGCUUCUUUGCAAACCUUGUUUUAAAGCACUUUUUCAGACGUAUUUAAUUUAUGCAGCUCAGUAUUUAAGUCAUUUAACUGUGUGAAUGCUGUUUAGUACGCAACAGAUAUUGACAUCUUUCCCCAGUAUUUUCUCAAUUGUGAUGCCGGAUCUAUGUACGUUUCAAUUCUGUUUUCUAGCAUUAUUGUACCCAGUAACUUACAUUAUCAUCAGGAGGUUGUGUGGUUACUUCAGUGUUGUCCUCCAACCCUCCCCUCCCAACAACUAAUCUUAACAAUGAUACUUACAAUGAUACUUCAGAAAUCAAUUGUUUAGAGAUGUUUGACUGAGCAAUAUUGCUGCUAUCUAUGCGUAUUUGAAGGUACAUCAUAUGUUUCAAUUGCAAAGUCAGUUUAUAAUAAACUAACGUACUACUAGUCAUAAAAUGUUAUUAUAAUUACUUGAAUAAUCGGAAGGAAAUAAAAUGUCUACAUUUCAACUUUUAAAUGAAUGUUUCUUUGUUCCAGCAAGAUUGACGGCAUCUACAGCAAAGCGAAAAGUCGAUAACAUAUAUAAAAAAAGGAUCAAGAUAUACAGAUGCAUGCAUCACAGGUUUGAUUUUUCUAUACUACACGGUCACCGUAUACUUCAGAUAAAAUAUAUCCGAUUCAUUUAUUAUCAAAGGACAAAAAAAAAUCAUGUUUGGUUGUCCACAAUGGUUUGUGUUCAUAAACAGUCAUAGUAGAAUCAUAGUAGAAUCCAACAAGUUGCGUGGGCUUGAUCUAUUUUUCACUCAUUUCGGAGCAGCACUUUGAGUCCACUUAUACGUACUACUUCAGGCUCCUCUCCAAGAUGGUGCUGAAACCUUAAGAAACGACCUUAAAUAUCCUCUAUACACUGAGGUCAUCUGCAAAGGCCCAUCUGCAAAUGCCAAUCCUACAAAAGGCAGAACAUUUCAUAAAAAAUGUCUUAUUGGAUACUUACAUAUUUUUUUACAUGCAUGUGAUCAACAUGUACAAGGGUAGCCAGCAAAAGCAAAGGGUUUCUUGUAUUCAGUGGAGAGGGAGAGAAGUUUGGAGGUGAACAAAGGAGCCUUCUGAUCUUUGACAGAUCAUUGUUAUUGUGGAAUAGGAUGCUGUCGUCGUGGCGAGGGGGGGGGGCUUGUCCUCAACUUUCGUCCCAUCACACCUUGCUUCGUUUGGGACGGCUCUCUACGCGAGGUGCCGCACGCUUGUUGCGGUGGUGUGGGAAGGUUGGCAUCAGUUCGGGUUCACAUGCUGGAGUUCAGUGAGAUCGAUUAAUGCACAAAAACAUUACACACGCGCAAUUUUAUAUAUAUAUAUGGCCGAUAUACUCACGUAGAGGUUUCUCCUUAAAAUAAGAACUAUCCAAGCAAUCUUUGGCAGUUGCUCUGAAAUUGAAAUGUUUGAAAAUUGUCUUUGACUUUAAGUGGUUAACCUUUUAAUAAUCAGGGGUGCAUUACUGUGUGUGUGCACAUGUAUGGGCGCAUGCAUAUAUUUAUGUAGCACAUUUACACAGUGUGUAGAUCAUAGAAGUUUAUGUAUGCAGCAUGUGUGUAUCAUAUGGGAGUGCAGGCCGUACCUGCGCUGGGGAUUGUACAUGAAGAGAAGGUUGAGCAGUCUGUGGCCGGCUUCCGACAGCCAGGUGAAUUUGUUUUUCAGGUUGUUGUAGGGCUGCUUCCUCAGACUAUACUGACCAACCAGAGGAAGCCGGGAGAAACCCUGGCACAGACACAGACAUCCGGGUUAACUUUAAGCGGCCAAAAUAACAAGAAAAAACAUGUUUUGUUCCAUGCCAUGUACAUGGUGAGUGGGACGUUCUUACAGGCCAGAUGUUAUCAUUGGGCGUUCCCAGUAGCUGGACGAUGAGGUCCACCUGCUGGAUCUCUGAGCCUCCAGGCAGCAGGGGCUUGUGGGCCAGCAGCUCAGCCACGAUACAGCCCACUGCCCUGCAGAGAAACAGCGACAUGAGGCGACGCUCACUUCACCUGUGUCGUUGCAUCAGACUUCAUCAAUGUACCUUCCUGCAGCAUGCUUUUUCCUAAUUGCUUGAACAAAUACUUAAUUCAGUUUAAGAAGCAUGAGGUCAAAAGGGGAAAGGGUCAUCAGGAAUGGACUGGACCCGCUCUAUUUUAUAUUAGUGGUUCCAUUCACAAUGUAUUGCGUGUCGUGGUAUAAUUGCAUAUUUUGGCAAGUACAUUCCCAUACAGUUCAACAGCUUCAUUGUCCUUUCCAGGCAAAUUGUCAUCAUGUUACAUUUGAAACCCACCACAUAUCUAGUGCAGUUGUCUGUGUUUUUGUCCCGAGAAGGAGCUCUGGGGCUCUAUACCUUCAGAGACAGAGACAGAGGUGGUCAAGUGUUGGGCAGAAUAAAAGUAUACAAUUUAACAACCCGUCAAGCAAAUCCGAUAUAUUAAAUAAAACCGAUGACAUGAGCUAGACCCUUCAAAUGAGGAAAUGUCCUUAGGUAGACACAGACACAGCCUGCCAGUCAUGCAAGCAGGUGGGUGAGGUAGAGGUCUGAGAGGCGGUAAAACAGAGUGGAUCUAAGGAGAAGGGAUUAGCAAGGAGGGAUUACAGGGAUGAGUUUCCAUUGUGCCAGCACAAGGACAUAGUGAACACACACACACACACACACACACACACACACACACACACACACACACACACACACACACACACACACACACACACACACACACACACACACACACACGCUCACACUACUCACCAUAGUGUCACCACUCUGGGGGUCAUCGGCUGUACAGGGAUACCGUACACACGGGCCAAACCAAAAUCAGCUGCAGAAAGGUCUUUUUUAAUUCUUAUUUGGAGCAAUAUUUUUUAAAACACAGCAGACUCAUCCCAUCAAU